AUGGGGACACUGACAUCGCUUGCAACAGCCUUCGUCGCUGGCCUGAAACGAGAUCGUCCCUUGUUUAUCUCUGUUCCUCCAGAAGUACUGGACCAUUUGAGAGCAUCUCGCCCGCAACAAGUGCAGCAAAGAGCUUGGCUUGUGAUGUAUUAUGGCAUCAUUCUCAAUUUUGUUUCAUCCACUGAUCCCGGCAACGAAGAUACAAAGGCAAAGCUUCGGUGCAAUCUCUGGCUCGCCCUCAAUGACGCAAGACUCCUCCUGGAGCCCAGCGAAGCAAAUAUCAAUGCUUUGAUCCUGCUCGCCGUCGAUGUCGAGGAGUUCACCAAACCUUCACUUUGUUGGAUGUUGGUCACAAACGCCUGCAGGAUGCUGCAGGCGUUGGGAGUGAGACAUCGCCGUUUUGACUCUCGGACCCAGGACCGGCGUGUCGUGAUGUUUUGGCAUCUGAAUCUUGUGGACAUAGGCCUGGCUCUCAUCUUUGGCAGACCUCCCACUUUCCACCGCGCAAUGGCGAGAGAGAUUCCUUUGCCCACGCUAAGCCAACUAUUAUCCUUUCAGCCUCAUGUUACCCCGGCAGGCGCCCCAGCGUUAUUUGGAGCGCAUUACACCCACCAAAUGUUUCUGCUAUCGCGCGUAAUGGCUGAUAUCUGGUAUCGUCUUCACGAAGAAACAACACCUAAUGAGCGCAGCAUCGAAGCAACCAAGCAGGAUCUUGAGUUGUGGUAUCAGCAGGCACAACGGGUACUCAUCGACUUUCGGCAGGUUUGGCCUCUCAUAGCUGACAUGUCGAUGCAGAUUCUCGAAGCUGCUGCAAUGGCAGAAAAGCCUUUUCUUGACGCCAACGAUGCUGCUUCUAUUGAUCUGAGCUUAUGUAGUGUUGGCUUCCAAUAUCAGUACCUUUUCAUCCUCCUCGCUCGAUCGUCCACGCGAAUGAGGGCCCAGUGUAUCGAAUCCUCGAAACGGAUGCUUCGUUUACUACAAAACAUGGUCCCUGACUCCGAGGGACCCUCUGAUGGCAUGGCAUGGCACCUUUUGUGUGGUCCCUUCACCCCAUUCUUAGACCUGUUCGGUGAGCUCAUUUCCAACGGGAAGGGCGAGUCAGAGGAGAACAAGGAAGCUCUGGCUGCUAUGGAGAAUCUCCCAAUCUUUCUGGGUAAGAUGAGCUCGCGGAGUUCUCUUGCAGCCAAGCUGGAGCAAGUCGCUGUGGUUUUGGUGCAGCAUGCUAGAUAUGUGAUCCACCCUCAAGGUAUGCAAGGAUCUGAGUAA